AUGGUAUCGUGUGCACAAUAUUGCAUGUUUAUUUCAGCUCCUGGGUGUGUAUUUAUGACAUAUUUGGGAUUCAUGAUCGCAAUAGGAUCAGAAACGGUUUAUGUUGUGCCUCAUAGCAGAGUCGAGGGAUCUUUUGCAUUGUUUAUAACAGCAGUGUUAUAUGCUAUAUUCUUCGCAAUCAGUUAUAAUAAUGAAUACUCUCAGGUAUAAAGAUAGCAGAAUGUAGAUGAAUGGAUUAAUUCACAAGCAAUCAGAGAAGCUGAAAUGGAAAUGUAAGACCUUCCCAAAGAAAAAGAAUAAGAAUAAUAAUAAUUAGUAGAAUAACAAUGA